AUGUCUGAUCAAGCAAAAAUUGACUAUUGGAUUCGAUUAGGUGCAACAAUUGAUUGUGCUCGAUUUUUGUUACAACAAGGUCUUCCAUUUCGUGGGCACGAUGAAACUGAAGAUUCAAAAAAUCAAGGAAAUUUUUUUGAACUCCUACAAUGGUUCAACUAUAAUAAACAUAUUGAAGCCGUGUCUUUAAGAAAUGCUCCUGAAAACUUGAAAUUGACUGCACCAGACAUCCAAAAAGAUAUUGUGAAUUGUAUUGGUGUAAAAAUUGUUAAUGGAAUCAUAGGAGAUAAUGGUGAUAAGUUAUUAUCAAUUUUGAUUGAUGAGUUGAAAGAUAUAUCUUCAAAGGAGCAAAUGUCAAUUGUGUUGAGAUAUGUAGACAAAGGGUGUGUGAUUGAACGAUUUGUUGGUAUUAUCCAUGUUACCAAUACAAGUUUAUUAUCACUCAAAGAAGCUAUUACUAGAUUCUUUUCUAUACAUGGAUUAAGCAUGGCGAGUUUGCGAGGACAAGGUUAUGAUGGAGCAAGCAAUAUGCAAGGAGAAUUUAAUGGAUUGAAAAUAUUAAUUUUGAGAGAAAAUGAAUGUGCAUUUUACAUUCAUUGUUUCUCCCACCAACUUCAAUUAGCUUUGGUAGCUAUUGCAAAAAAUCAUGUAGAGAUCGUUGGUCUUUUUAUUUUAGUUGUAAAUGUGGUGAGUGUUAUUGGUGCAUCAGAAAAGCAUCGAGACAUGUUAAAAGAGAAACAUAGUGCCAACACUUUUGAAGCUUUGAAUAAUGGCGAAUUGUCAAGUGGAAGAGGAUUAAAUCAGGAAACAAAGAUUAAACGACCGGGAGAUACAUGA